AUUGUUACACCACGGCGCACACCACUAGCAGAAAGGACAUGAGGCAGCAGGAAGAGAUGCCGCACCUCAUCAGCUGCAGCUUGUUGCUGCUCGUGCUGCUGGCCCCUACCAAUUGCAGCGCGAGCGCGAGGGCGGCCGCAGGUGUAUCAUCGAUAUCUUCUGCUGCUGCCGCCGCCGCCGCCAACACCACCAGCAGCAGCAAGAACAAGCCGCAGGCGGCUGCCCUCAUCGUCUUCGGCGACUCCAUCGUCGACCCCGGCAACAACAACGGCAUCAACACCAUCGUCAAGGCCGACUUCCCUCCCUACGGCGAUGACUUCCUCAACCACCGACCCACCGGACGCUUCUGCAACGGAAGGAUACCCACGGACUUCAUCGCGUCCCGGCUGGGCCUCAAGGACCUCCUUCCGCCCUACCUCUCCCCUCAGCCGCUUGACAAGCCCGACCUCAUCACCGGCGUCAGCUUCGCCUCCGGCGGCACCGGCUUCGACCCGCUCACGCCCAAGCUCGCCUCCGUCAUCUCUCUGCCCGACCAGCUCGCCAUGUUCCGCGAGUACCUGGGCAAGGUGCGCGCCGCCGCCGGGGACGCCAAGGCCGCCGAGAUCCUCUCCCGGGGCGUCUUCGCCAUCUGCGCCGGCAGCGACGACGUGGCCAACACCUACUUCACCAUGCGAGCGCGCAGCAACUACGACUACGCGUCGUACGCGCGCCUCCUCGUGCAGCACGCCUCGUCCUUCGUCGAGGACCUCAUCCACGCCGGCGCCCGCCGCGUCGCCUUCAUCGGCAUCCCGCCCAUCGGCUGCGUGCCGUCGCAGCGCACCAUGUCCGGCGGCCUGGAGCGCGGCUGCUCCCAGGGCCACAACGAGGUGGCCGUCGCGUACAACGCUGGCAUGGUCAGGGAGCUGGCGGCGCUCCGGAAAAAGUACCCCGGCACGCUGCUCGUCUUCAUGGACAUCUACGGCUUCCUCUACGACAUGAUGAUGCACCCGCGCAGCUACGGCUUCACGCAGGCCACCAAGGGAUGCUGCGGCACGGGCCUCUUGGAGGUCUCCGUCCUCUGCAACGGCGUCACCUCCGCCGUCUGCGACGACGUCGGCGACUACCUCUUCUGGGACAGCUACCACCCGACGGAGAAGGCCUACAAGAUCCUCGCCGACUUCGUCUACGACAACUACGUCAAGCUCAUCAUCUGAUAUUCUGAUGCUGCAUGAUGAUGGAUUAUAUAUUAUUAUUCCAUUUAUGAAAGGGAAUUAUUCCUUCCUUCCUUCCUUCAUUCUCGAUCUCUACCGGCCGGACCUCUAUCUGCUGCCUCUGAUUUCUUUCUUUUUUCUUUCUUUCUUUUUCCAUUUAUUUUAUUAUUAUUACUGCUAUAUAUAUAUAUAUAUAUAUAUAUAUAGUACUCUGCUCUCUCGGUUGUUGAUGCAUGCGUGAUGAUCUCUCUUCAUCAUCGCCAUCGAUACGACCGAGAUCUUCAUGUUUAUUUGCUAUAUAUAGCCGGUCCUUGAUUUC